GCUCCCGCCCCGCUCCCGCCCCGCUCCCGCCCCGCGUUCCCUUUUCGGCACAGGAACCGUUACAUCGCUUCGAGUGUCUGUGCGGUUCCCGCAGAGCGCGGCAGGUGUCCCGCAGAGCCCGUUCUGCCUUGUGGGCCGGGACCGCGUGUGCGCGGCGACAAGUUGCCUAGAACGGAGAAUGACGGUUGCUUGGGCGAUUUGAAGUGAGAGGUGAAAGCUAUGAGGUUUCAAUCCAUACCAUCCUCAGUAGCAGCUCAGUGUUCUGCUCAUACUCAUUUCUGGGAUACAACAGUGAUUUCUGGUGUAUAGGUAACGCUGGACCACAGUCUCGGAUUCGCCUUCCAUUAUAUUACAGCGUGCUUUCAACUGACACUUCAGGCAAGACAAGAAAAAUGCCGUAUUUGAAUAACAGCAUUCUGAACACUACUGUUUCAUUUCUUUUUUUUAGCAAGAAACACACUUCAGGACUUGUGGUACAGGUUUUGAAGUCACUGACUGCUUCUGCAAAUUAGUUGCUGCCCAGUUCCAGUUAGUAUCAUGUAUAUAAGACUGUUAAAAUGGAUUUUUUUGUUUCUCCUUGUAUUUCCUGUCCUUACGAUGUGGUACCUAGCUUAUUUUUCCAACACUGUGAUUGAGCAUACAAACCUUACGUAUUUCUAUGAAUAUGAACCGAUUUACAAGCAACAGUACCUUUUCACACUGCGGGAGCGCUUGAAAUGCAAAGAUGUAAAUCCACUUCUAGUCAUCUUGGUGUCUUCAAGUCCUAAGGAUGUGGAGUCAAGGCAGGCCAUCCGGAUAACAUGGGCAUCUCAGAACUUCUGGUGGGGACAUCGAAUUCUGACCCUGUUCUUACUAGGACAGGAUACUCAAAGAGAAGACAAUCCUGCAGCACUGUCGGUAGAAGAUGAAAGCAUCCUCUGUGGUGACAUAAUUUGCCAGGAUUUUAUGGACACUUACGACAAUCUCACCUUGAAAACGAUCAUGGCGUUUCGGUGGGUCAGUGAGUGCUGUUCAAAUGCUAGAUUCCUCAUGAAGACCGAUGCCGAUGUCUUCAUCAAUACUGCUAACCUGGUAGAAUUUCUUCUGAAGCUGAAUUCCUCAGAAAGUGUUUUUACUGGUUAUCCUCUUACAGAUAACUUUGCCUACAGGGGCUUUCACAAAAAAAUGUACAUCUCACAACCUGAAUGGAUAUUCGGUGUAUAUCCUUCGUAUUGCAGUGGGUUGGGUUAUAUAUUGCAUGGAAAACUGGCUCUGAGGAUUUAUGAAAUGAUGAGUCAUGUCAAACCUAUUCGAUUAGAGGAUGUUUAUGUUGGAAUUUGUUUAAAUAUACUUAAAGUGAACAUCACUAUUCCAGAAGGUAAACAACAAUUCUUUCUUUAUAAAAUUAAUUUUCAUAUUUGUAAGUAUAGAGAUCUGAUUGUGGUGCAUGGCCUUACAUCAAGUGAAAUAGUCCAGUUUUGGCAGGAUUUGUCAUCAAACACUUCAGUUACUUGCCUUUGAUUCUGUGAUCAUGUAUGAACUUAAAACUAUUCGGUGUAAAACCGUUAGAAGUACAGGGCAGCACAAAACCAGAGCUAAAGAGAUGACUUUAGCUGAAGGAGGGCUGUGCUGCCGGGGCAAAGCUGCAAUGGCAGCGCUCCUUUGGGACAUUUUAAUAUUCUUAAAUAAAAAUAUUAGGAAUUCAGAAAGCACUUUUCCAUGUCUGUCUCCCACACGUGCAGGAUACUGCGGAAUACUCUCCCCGUCUUCCUGUGGUGCUUCUCCAUGUGGUGUGCUGUAACCACGGGAUUUCUACAUGAAUCUUUUGGAAUGUAUAAAAUGUCACUGUGGAACAAUGUUUAUGCCAAGAAACUGGCUUUGAUGGUGCUUCCCAAAUUCCUACUUUGAUUUUUUUUUAAUCUUUUUUUUUGCAACUGCAUAAUCCUUUGCCACUCCCAAGUAUUUGUUCUCUGCCUAGCAUGGAACUUAGAACAACCUUCUUUGUCCUGGUUUCAGCUGGGAGAGAGUUAAUUUCCUUCUCUAUAGCUGGCGCAGCGCUGUGGUUUGGGUUUGGUGUGACAGCGGUGUUGACAGCGUGCUGAUGUUUCUGGU